AUGCCUGCUCCCCGACGCCGGCGGAUUGGUCAUCGACGAAGGGUUGAGGAUGAAGGAGACGACGACGGCGGCCCCGAUGCCCUCGAUCUUGAUGACGAUUCCCUCAGCGAUGGGUCCGGUCUUACCGAGGACGACGACCCUGCCGAUGACAGCGAUACCAGCAACAUUGAGGACGAUGCCUCGCCCACCGUGGCCAAUCCCCGAAAGACGGCGGGAAACGGAACAAUCAAGCCCGCCGGACGACCUGCUUCUUCGAAUCAUCAUCAUCCCAGCAAGCCCAUCACCGAUGCCGAGAUGAUGCUGCAGGGUCUUUCGAUUGCUGACCCGACCCACCCUGUCCAAGAGAUGCACUUCGACGAUGUUGCUAGUUCCACAUCACCAAACCUCUCUCCCGACGCCCCGCUCAUCGUGAGCUCUGCUUCGGUGUCUCGCCCGCCCCAGGAUACUGCCGGUGACCGUCGGCGUCGGGAGCACGAGGAGUACAAGCGUCGGAGAGAUGCUGACCCCUCGUUUGUGCCCAACAGGGGGGCCUUCUUCAUGCAUGAUCACCGACAUGCUGGACCUGCUGGAAAUGGAUUCCGCCCAUUCGCAAGGCAAUCUCGCGUCGGCAACAACCGUGGUGGUUAUGGGCCCCCCUAUGUGCCAUAUAGCCAAAUGCAGCAGCAACACCCUGCAGACCCCACCGUUAGCGGACAGUGGACUCACGACAUGCACGAGACGGUCGCCGAACCUGCUCGACCUCGACCACCCAGGCGUGUGCACAAUGCCGAAGGACCUCCUAAUGGAACUGGUCACAUCCCGGUCUGCCCACAAAACCCGACUCCCAUCAAUCGAACUCUUUCCACAGAAAAGCACAUCGGAAAUGCACAAGUGCGAGUCUUCUUCCCGCCUAUGAAGGAGCCCAUUAUCGUACGCGGCUUGCAGGUAAAGCAGUAUACGAAGCUGCCCGAUCACCGACCGCCUCUUCGUCGAGAUAAGCCUGUCCGCAUCUCCCUCCCAGAUCAUCCUCCUCGAUAUAUAUUCCCGGCAGUCGACAGAUCGUUCAUCUUUAUUCCCCGUGCCAUGAGACCGAACCAGAAGCCCGGUGUCCGAGGAGGCAAGGGCCCGAAGUCGGUCUUGGGCUCCGUGGGUGGUUGGUCUCGACGAACGAGCGUCAUCGGAAGCUAUUAUGGUAGCACUUAUUCCCCUAGCAUCGCUCGGAGCCGCCGCUCCUCCAUCGCUCCCGACGGGCGAGAAUACAUGUUUUCACCCACAGCGUCUGUCGUAUCCCGGGCUGCUAUACCCCCCGAUACUAUGAGGCCCGUCGUUCGACUGCCACCUCCCGCCAAUCUCCCUAUCCCCGAUGUUGAUGCCCAGCACAUUCCUCCCAUGGACAGACCCGUCGGAGAGUCCCUAAUUAGCAACUUCCCGCCCCCACAGACGCACCCUCUUCCUCAGAAACCUACCUUCCAGGAGAAUCGCCCUAACGCCAUCCCUAUGCAUCAACCACGACCGCAGAAGGCGGUCUCGGUCGCAGACAUUGAGUCUCCAACCAUGUCCCAACAUCCCCAGCAGCAACAACCGCAACCGCAACAGCUGCCCCAGCCAUAUCAGCAGGCUUUCCAUCAACAGGUUCCCGUGCAAAUGGUUAAUGGCGGCCCACCAGACAGCCACACUCGCAAUCCAUCCUUCCAAUCUCAACACUCUAUCGGAACACCCCUUUCCCAGAUCCCGGAGCGUGCUAUUCACGCUGCUCCUUUCCAACCCACUGCGUACCCGCAACAGCCAUUCUACAACCAGCCGUAUCCCGUGAUGCAGCCACAGCCAGGAUACUACUAUCCACCUCAGCCUUACAACAUGCCACCACAGUCAGCCGCCAUGUCUACAUUCGUUCCAGGCUCACAGCAACCCCAGCCUACUGGCUACCCCCCACAAAUUCCUCAGGAAUCCCAGGCCGGGCAGGCAAGCAUUCCGGGCCAGGGCCCCAUCGCUCGAGAAAUGAACGGCAUGGUAUAUUACUAUGACCCGUCGCAGCUUCAGGCGGUCCAAGCCUACCAAAGCUAUCCCGAUCCCCAGGGAUAUGUACCAGGCGCGGUUGGCAUGGGUGGUAUGGUGAAUCCCAAUCCGGAGGGAUACUACCCCUAUCCUCAGGGAGCUCCCGGUAUGGUGUACUACCCGCAGUAG